GCUCACAAUGUUCAGAAUAAUUCUAUAUAUUUCUACUUUCUCUUUAUUCGUGGUAAUCAGGAGCAGAACGGAGGUGGAAUAUCAUUGAUAAUAGUGAGUUUGUGCUCAUUCAGGUAGAGUUUGUGUGAGGUGUUAGCUCUCUGUGCUAAUACACAGGACACAGAUACACUGAGAAAACCCAACAUUCAGAAAAAUCAGGUGCUCCCUACAAACUGAAAGUGACAGUUACAAAUGCGGCUGAAAGAUCCGUUCUCUUUAAAAACGGCCGAGAUGACAAAGCGGUCCAACAAGCCGAAGAAGCCUCGCGAUGAGGAAUCGUCGGAUGAGGUUAGCGGGUUGACGUGCCAGCAUGUCAGUAAAGCCGUGGAGCUGAGCUCGGUGAAGAAAGCGGUGACGGGCGGCCUGUGGUCCGUCUGCGCCGACUGUCUGAGGGAGAGGGACGUCUUCGAGACGCAGCGCGCCGGAGCUGACGACAUCCUGGUGUGUCUCAAGUGCGGCUUCCAGGGUUGUGGACAGUCGGAGAGGCAACACUGGAUAAAACACCAGCAGGCUCAUCACUCUGAGUCCCACUGUAUCAGCGUCAGUGUCAGCACAUGGAAGGCCUGGUGUUCCGAAUGUAAUGAAGAGCUCUCGCCGCACUGCAAUAAAAAAGCUCUGGCUCAAACCCUCGACUUCCUGCAGAAACACUCGGCUAAAUCAGCUACAGGGGCGACUUCUAAGAUAAUCAAACUGAUCGAGGAGCCGGGGGAAUAUUCCGGACCUCAGAAGGGGAAAAGUUCGGUGAACAGCACCCUGAUUCCUGUGAAAGGCAUCAUCAACCUCGGCAACACCUGCUUCUUCAACGCUGUCAUGCAGAACCUGUCUCAGACGCACAUGCUCAUCGAGCUCAUCCAGGAGGUGAAGGAGAAAGGACACAAGAUGAAGAUCAGCCCUCUACCUGAGACUAACCUGGGCCCCUUGACGGUGACUCUGACGGGCCCCGAGCCGCUCACGUCGGCCAUGUUCCUGUUCCUGCAGAGCAUUAAGGAGUCUGGAAAGGGACCCAUAUCCCCCAAAAUCCUCUUCAGCCAGCUCUGUCAGAAAGCUCCUCGGUUUAAAGGCUACCAGCAGCAGGACAGUCAGGAGCUUCUGCACUACCUGCUGGAUUCAGUCCGGAUGGAGGAGAACAAGAGAAUCAAAGCUGCCAUCCUGAAAGCCUUUAAUAACCCCACAGAGAGAAGCGCUGAUGAGGAGACCAAGCGCCAGGUUAAAGCGUAUGGAAAAGAGGGGGUGAAGAUGAACUUCGUAGAUCGGAUCUUUGUUGGCGAGUUGACCAACACCAUCAUGUGUGAAGAGUGUGAACAUAUUUCGACAGUGAAGGAGGCCUUCAUUGACAUCUCGCUGCCCAUCAUUGAGGAGAGGACGUCCAAACCAUCGAACCCAGGCAGACUGAGCAAGUCCGGCAGAGACCAGGAGGCUCCCGGGAGCAUGGUGGAUGAGCCGGCCACGCCUCAUUCCCUGAAGAACGGGAAGAAGUCCAGCGCACAGAAGCUGCAGGGCCGACGAUCAUCCACGUGUCGAGAUGAUAAAACAGCCAAGGCUUCCACAUCCAGUCAUCGAGAAGACACCGCGUGUUCGCCGCCUGCAUCCCGUUGCCAGGACGACCCCCCAGGCAGCCAAUCCGACGCCAGUGAGAAGGACUCGUCUCCUCAGGACAGCAGUAACGAUGCCGACAGCGAGGCGUCCGAAUCCGAAUGCGCGGCGCCGAUCUCGAAGGCGUCCGGGAGGGCCUCGUCGGGUCGUGACUCCGCCCCCCGUGCAGUAAACCCCACCCACUCGGGCCAGAGCCACGCCCCUCGUCACAAGGAGCAGCCGGCGAGCGCCGUAGAGCAGCUGGUGAGCGCCGUCUCCAAGCUGGGUUUGGUACCCACGCCCAUCGAUACGCCGCCGCUCGGCCGCGGCAAAGACGAGAGGGAGAGAGACCACCAGGGGGCGUUCCAGGCUCUCUCACACAGCUACACGCCCGUGUCCAAGGAGUGCUCGGUUCAGUCCUGCCUGCACCAGUUCACCUCCGUCGAGCUGCUGAUGGGGAACAACAAGCUGCUGUGUGAGAACUGCACCGAGAGAUACCACAAACACACCAGGAGGGGUGUAACAGAUAAGAAGGUGGUGAAGGUUUACACCAGCGCUCGCAAACAGAUGCUGAUCUCAGUGCUGCCACCCGUCGUCACGCUCCACCUUAAACGCUUCCACCAGGCUGGAAUGAAUUUGAGGAAAGUCAAUCGACACGUGGAUUUCCCGCUCGUCCUGGACCUGGCGCCGUUCUGCUCGGCCUCCUGCAAGAACCUGGGUUCUGGAGAGCGUGUUCUCUACAGUCUCUAUGGUAUCGUCGAACACAGCGGCUCCAUGCGUGGCGGACAUUACACGGCCUACGUCAAGGUCCGAACUCCACAGCGCCAUUCUGAGCAGCGCAGGAGCCAAUCAGGAUCUAAAGAAGCCGUCUCGUCUCCUCCAGCUCAGUGGGUUUACGUGAGCGACACCAGCGUCCAGACGGUCCCAGAAUCCAGAGCUCUGAACUCUCAGGCCUACCUGCUGUUCUAUGAGGAGCUCCUCUAGAGGGCGCCGUACUGACUUAAAGCCUUAUGACCUAUCAGAUUACAGUUCUGACUCGGCUUCGAGAACGGAGCUGAAUAAUUUAUUAAAUAUUAUCGUUAUUAUUGAUCCGAUGACAGGACGGACUGCGGGGGCUUUUCAUGUAUGAGAAUUUAUUCUAAAUGCAGAAAUAUUUAUAUUUUAUGGAUUAUAUCUGUGGGUCACAGGUUUGUCUGUUAAAAUUACAAUGGUUAGUGAAAAGAACGCCGUUCGAAAGACGAUCAGACGACGACGGUGAAGAGGAAGAUGAAGGAACUGUGGUGCCUCUGCUGUAAAACGGAAGCUCAGUGAUCUGAUCUGUGUUCCUGUAGAAUGGGUGCGGCUCGGGUGGGCGGCAUUUUGUUUGGAACCGUGACGUGUUGCUGGGAAUCUUCUUUGCAAGAGGCUGUGUCGUAAUGCUUAUUAAAAAUCAUUUUUUAAUCA